GCUGGGGUCCUAAUAUGGGCGGCCAGUCACCUUCAAAAACGAUGAUUCGUAGAAUCGAAAAGAUGAACAAAAGACAUCCCAGGUUUGCAACGAAGACCAAAGGGUGUUUAUACCGCGACUUGACUGGGCGUGAUCUCAACGUAGUGUGCACCACGGGACGAGGGCUGAAGAACAUUGGCAUCUGCUACUCAAAGGCGUACCUCCGCUUUAAAGUGAUGGGUGACCGCGAACCGUUUGACUGGAAAGGAAAAACUAAUACAUCAAAGGGUAUCCUUUAUCUCAGACGGAUGAGGCGGCUUUUGGAGAGAGUGGAGGCGUGCGUCAUGAACGACUGGGAAAUCGAAGCAAUGAUCAUGCGACACCCAGGAGGGCAGAGGGCCCACGAAAGAGACGGAGGAAGGAACUACGACAGGAAGGAGGCGACAGGCGUCCCCGUCGUCGCAACUCCGGCUCAAGCUCCUUAAAAACCGCCGGCGUGAACCAUCCCGAAGAAGAGGCUUACUCCAAACGCCCCGCACAGU